CAACUUUGCCGCUUCGAUCUUACCUUUGCCCAUAAGAGCCCCCGCCUCCACACCUACCUCCGUAUCUCUCCGUCCAAUAAACAACCUAUCUACGCAGCCUACGACUGACACUUCCACCGCAACUAUGCCGCCCCAAAUCAAACAAGAUCUGAACAGGUCCGGCUGGGAAACUACCGACUUCCCCUCGGUCUGCGAACGAUGUCUGCCAGACAAUCCCUAUGUGCAGAUGUUGAAGGAGGACUACGGAGCGGAGUGCAAGAUCUGCACGCGACCAUUCACGGUGUUUCGCUGGAAGGCUGAUCGCACAGCACGACAAAAGAAGACCAGCAUCUGCCUGACAUGCGCGCGCUUAAAGAAUUGUUGUCAGUCCUGCAUGCUCGACCUCUCCUUUGGUUUACCCAUCGUUAUCCGAGAUGCGGCUCUGAAGAUGGUGGCCCCUGGUCCAAAGAGCGAUAUCAAUCGCCAAUACUAUGCACAAGAGCACGAGAGGGAGAUUGAGGAAGGCAGAGGCGCAGUGGAGGCAGCGUACGAGAAUACGGAUGAAAAGGCGCGGGACCUUUUGAAGCGACUGGCAAACAGCGAACCCUACUACAAGAAGCAGCGGAGGUUAGAGGCUGCUGAGGGCGAAGAGAGACAGAAGGCUCUUCCAACACCUGAAGGAGCUUGUAGUGCUGAUGCAGGAGGGCGUGCUCCCGGCCCUAUCAGGACUAGAGAUUCCCGAGGUGCCUUCAGCGGACGGGGUGGUCCUCGGCCAGGACGUGGGGGUCGUCUCCCUCUCGCACAAGCGCCUCCGAAUCCGCAGGACUGGCACCCUCCACGCGAUCCGGAUAUAACAUCGCUCUUCCUCACCGGUGUAGAAGACGAUCUUCCCGAGAAUGAACUCCGCACCCACUUUAAGCAAUAUGGGCAGUUACGGUCCGUCGUCUGUUCCCACCGAGCACAUGCUGCGUUUAUAAACUACGUCAAGAGGAAGGAUGCCGAGACCGCAGCAGAAGCAUUGCAAGGUAAGGUAGUAAUCAAGGGCUGCCCACUCCGCGUCACUUGGGGAAAGCCGAAACAAUUGGACACCCUAGAUCAGAAUGAGAGGAUGCAAUAUGCACAAGAAGGUAGAGCAGCUGUUGGUUCUGUUCGGCGCGCUAUUGAAGCCGGUUCCGCUUCAAGAGCUUCCAUUGAAGCCGCUCCGGCGAAUGACCUGGAUAGCCUUGCGGCGAUUGCGCCGCCUCCAGCGAAUAUCAUGGGUAGAUAUAUGGCGUACCGGGCGGGCAUUGGCGCAACUGCAUUCAUGGGUAUCACGAUUCCAUUCAGCACUGUCAAAGUCAAGAUGAACAGCAUUUGGUUCCUGCCAAUGUAUUCCCCUUCCCUUUCUUGA